AUGAAGAUGCAGAAAACACUUAUUGCAAAGGUAAAAAAUUUUUAUUUUUUAAGAGUAGAAAAAAAAUGUGGAGGCACAUCUCUGUUAACAAAAAUUGGCCAAUCUUUUAAUCAAGAGAAUUUGAAAAAUAUGAAAAUAAAAUUAGAUAACUACCAAAAGAAUACAUCAAGUUUAAGAGUAGGGUCAGAUAAUAAUAGUAAUAAUAGUAGCAUAUUUAAAAAUUUUAUAGAUUUAUUUAAAAAAAGUAAUAUAAAGGAUAAGCUAAAAAUUGGGGAUAAGAGUGAAAAGAAAGAAAAGGAUUUCUUUGAAUAUUAUAUAAAAUGUUUAAUGAAAUAUGAAGGUAUUUUUACUUAUCGUAAAUUUCAAUUUUUUUUAAAAGACUUGUGUGAUUACUUUAAACUUUUUAGUAUAAGUUACAAGUAUAAAAAAAAAAUGAACCCUCAAUUGGAAAAAUUAAAAAAACAAUAUGAAAUUUUAAAUUCGUUUUUACCCUACGAAUUAGAUUCAGAUGAUUAUAAAAUAUUUCAUGAAGAGAGUAAAAAAUAUUUAGCUCAAGCAUGUAAUGUAGAUGUUAAUUUUAUUGAUGAGUUACUACUUUUCCAUGAUUCAUUAAAAACUGAUAGAACAUGGUUUUACAGAAGAAUUAUAUUAAAAAGAAAAUUACCAGAAAGUUUUGAAGAACGAGAAAUAGAUGCACCAUACGAUAGACCUAUAACCAAGACAUUCAAUUAUAACAUAAAAGAAUCAUCAUUAGAAUAUGAACAAUAUAUUAAAAAACAUGGAAUUAAAUUAAAAUAUAAAAAAUGGUUUUCAAAAAAACAUCCAUGGUUCCGUAAAAAUACGUCAGGAAGGAGCAGAUGGGCAACGAGACCUUAUACCAAACAUUUUCCCUAUCUUUAUUAUUCUCGCAUUCCUAAGCAUCUCUACCUUUCUAGGAAUAAACCUAGAAUUAAAAAUUACUGA